AAACAGCUUGGCUGGGGAUAUAAUGUACACUUAACACAAAAAUCACAAUUGUAUUCUCCAACUUUCGUGUAAUAUGUCGGAGCAACGAAGGCAGUCGGACAAUAAUGCCGCCGAGGAGGAUGAAAUCCGUGUCAUCAGUGCCACGGCUUCCAUCCUGCGAAAUGCGACUGCCUCGAGACAGUUGCUCACGGAGUCACCCUCCGUAGUCAUCUCUUUGCCGGAUGAGGAUAGGGAUAACUUGCAAAACGAGACCCCAGAGCAAAGGCAUCGUCGAAGGAUACGCUUCCUGGAGAUGCGACGGGAGCACUAUAGUCAAAUGCAUCAACACACCGAACAGUGCACCAUGUCGGAUGACGAGGAGCAGGAGUUGUCCAGUGCUAGUUAUUCACCGCCAAGAACGGAGGAUAAGAGAAAACCUAAAUAGCAACUAAACAAACAUAUUUUGUACGCAUACACGAUCAACCCUACAAUACAUAGUGACAUUAAAACCCAAUAAGCCACCA